AUGGCAACUACAGAUGCGGUGAUUUGUGUGGGAGAUGGAUAUGGCUACCCGUAUCGUGAAACUCGCUGUGAAGGAAGACAAAUAAAGUCAAGGCAGGCAGCAGACGACAGGGAUAAAGGACAGCAAAGGCAUAGCCAGUCUGCAGGUCUGAAUAGUCGUGGGCUUCAGACAGAAAUCACGCCAAUUUCACCGAGUGCUGUAGCCGAUCAAGAGGCACCAAGCAGAGCAGGUAAUGAACAUUCUGGAACAACUAUCAGCUUAAAUUCAGUUGCUGCUUUUACCUUUGUAUACGGUUUUCCACAGAACAUCUUUUGGCAAAUAGUUGAGGAUUUGCGCGGCAAAGGAAAACCAAUAAAUUAUGAAACUCUAAUAGAUAAAUGCAAUUCAUGUGAUGGAUUUUACGCUCCUAAAGGUACAGCACAUUCAGAAGAAUUUACCUUUGAGGGCCCUUCUGAUGUUUUUAGUAAUCCCUCUUUGACGAUUGCUUUCGAGUCGCUACCCUCGUCAGUUCAUACACCCGAGAUUUCACCUUCCCAUUACUACCAGCAGAUGAACUCUACUACACCGAAACCCCCAUCUAUCUGUUCAGAUAAUAACAAUGCCGAUAAUGACCAAAGCCCUGGUCAUAACUCGGAACAUCAACUUUUAUCUUUACCAACCAUUCCGCAUGACUAUUAUUUCAAGGAAUCUAAACAAAAUGAUUUAUAUAAUGUUACAGAGGAUUUAGAAGAUGCUCUGGACGGUAGAAAUUUAGAGUCAAAUGAUGGAUUAGACAGAUGGCUUGUUAGCGACUUUUCUAAUCCACUCGUUCACAUUUCUGAGAGCAACUCCGCAUAUAUCGGUACACCAGUAUUCUCACAGAACUUGUCUGGGCUAGAGCCUAAUGUGCCAACAAACAAACCAGGGCAGAGUGUGUUACUUCCUGAAUUAUUGAAUGAAAAGCCAUCUGCAGCAUCACUGAAUCCUUUUGGACAUGUUCCCCUAGGGCAGCAGAAUUCUGUUUCUACGUUACCGGAGCUCACCUCUGCUAGAUCGUGUGCAGAUGGACUUUCAAGCCGGUUAAACGCUGAUGACAGUACUUCAAGCCGGUUAAACGCUGAUGACAGUACUUCAAGCCGGUUAAACGCUGAUGACAGUAUUUCAAGCGUGUUAUACGCGGGUGACAGUAUUUCAAGCGGGUUAAAUGCUAGUGACAGUAUUUCAAGCGAGUUAAACGCUAGUGAUAGUAUUUCAAGAGGUUUAAACUCUGCCGAUGAUAUUUCAAGCGGAUUAAAGGCUGAUGGUGGUUUAACAGUUUCAGCAGAUUUACCAGAUAUUGUCUGUGAUGGUACAGAAACAAGCCGCCAUGCUGACGAACUACAAAAUACUCAAGCCACAGAAAGUAAACCAGCUAAGAAGCCAAGGACACUAACGGAAGCAGAAAUGUUUCAGUUCACUUUCAGCCUGUUAGAAAUGGAGCACCAGCUACUGGAAAAGUCCAGAUUAUGCCAUGGUUGUCAUCAAAAGCCCAGAGAGGUAACAUUUCUUCCGUGUGGACAUUUCAUCACCUGUGCUGACUGUGCGGAGCCCAUGUAUGUCUGUCCUUUGUGCGAUAAAUCUAUUCUGGCUACAGUAAACACAUUUUUGUCUUAA